ACAGAGUUUGCAGGCAGACCAAACUUUGUCUCUUUCCAGAUGAUCUCUGGAGGCAGGAGUUUGACAUUUACUAAUUACGGCAAACAGUGGAAAGCACACAGGAAAAUUGCCCAGUCAAGCCUCAGAGCCUUUUCCUCUGCAAACAGUCAGACCAAAAAAGCCUUUGAGCAACACAUUACAGCUGAGGCCAUGGAACUGGUGCAGGUAUUUUUGCGGCACAGCACUGAUGGACGCUAUUUUGACCCUGCGCAUGAAUUUACAGUAGCUGCUGCUAAUAUCAUGUGUGCUCUCUGCUUCGGUAAGCGAUACGGGCAUGAUGACCUGGAGUUCAGGAACUUGUUAAAAAGACUGAACAAGUUUGGAGAGACAGUAGGGGCAGGUAGUCUGGUAGAUGUCAUGCCCUGGCUUCAAUCCUUCCCCAACCCAGUCCGCAGUGUCUAUGAAAACUUUAAAAACCUCAAUGAGGAGUUUUUUGCCUUUGUGAAAGAUAAAGUGGCACAGCACCGAGAGUCCUUUAGCCCUGAUGUGACCCGGGACAUGAGUGACGCCAUCAUCAAUGUGAUCGAGCAUGGAAGAGACAGCGGGCUGACCAAAGACUUUGUCGAAGCAACAGUGACAGAUCUAAUCGGAGCAGGUCAAGACACAAUAUCAACUGUCAUGCAGUGGAUCGUCCUGCUCCUUGUCAAAUACCCAGACAUACAAGUCAAAAUGCAGCAGCUCAUAGACAAAGUGGUGGGCCCAGACAGAUUGCCAUCAAUUGAGGACAGAAGCAACCUGGCAUAUGUGGACGCCUUCAUCUACGAGACUAUGCGCUUUACCAGCUUCGUCCCCGUCACCAUCCCACACUCCACAACCUCAGACGUCACCAUCGAGGGUCUCAACAUCCCCAAGGACACGGUGGUCUUCAUCAAUCAGUGGUCUGUCAACCAUGACCCUCUGAAGUGGAAGGAUCCCCACAUUUUUGACCCCACACGGUUCCUUGAUGAAAACGGCGCCCUUGAUAAAGACACAAUCAACAGUGUAAUGAUUUUUUCAACAGGUAAAAGACGCUGCAUUGGCAACCAGAUCGCCAAGGUAGAGGUGUUUUUAUUCACAGCAGUGCUGCUGCACCAGUGCAGCUACGAAAGCGACCCCUCUGAGCCCCUCACUCUUGACUGCUCCUACGGGCUCACACUGAAGCCCCUCCGAUUCUGUGUCAGCGCCAAGCUCAGGGGAAAGCUGCUUGGCUUAGUUUCCCCAGCAUGAACAGCAUGUCCUAAUACUGUGACUCAAGGCCAGCAAACACUUUUUCACCGAUGACAUUUAACAGUGAGUAUCAGCAUACCUGCACUAAAUCCUUUUGUAAGAUUCCAUAUUUAAUAAUGAUAUUUAAUGGAAACUUUAACAUGGUCUAUAUUUGAAUUAUUGUUGGUGCAGGGCUGAGAAUAUGAUUUCAAAGAUGUAUCAUUCGCUGCAGGUAGAAUUCAAGCUUGUGGACUGUUGGGAUCAGUGCAAAAAUUAUUACAUUUCUGUUCCACAAAAUAUUCUAUACUUGAUCAGAUUUUGUACAUAAUUGUUUAAUUCUGAGUUUUGUGCUUGUUUUACAUCCACUGUUGAGCAUGUACAUGUAUGAUGUCGAGGAAUUAGCUGCAUCCCUUAAAUGUCAGUUUAAACUAAUAGAACUAUAUGAAAUGCUUGUGAAUGUUAUCAAGUCACUUGAUGACUUAUGGUUCAAAAUGUUAUAUGUAAGAAUAUAUUUAACCUUUGCCACAUAAAGCAGUUACAGAAUAUUUUUUUAUUAUUAUUUCAUAUUUCGGGUAUGACAAUAAACGUAAUGAAGUUUAAUGUAUUUCACUAUCUACUGUACUCCAAGCAUAUGAACACAUUAAACCAAGAGUGCUGAUCAAAGGAGGGAAAAAGGCUGGCAUAUUUGUGACGGUGGAAGCCUUUCACCCAGGAGCAUCAAUCACAGUCUAAAGGACGAAGAAGAGACUUUGCUGUGGACCGUGAACACUUCACAAACUUCAUGUAUUCAGGGUUCACUUUUACUGUACAAGCACUGCAGCUACCCCGUGCCAAACCCAAGUCUCACCAAUUCAAAGAAAACAAGUGCAGUAUUUUAAUUUUUUUCACUCAUGAGGCAUUCUCAAAAAUAUGUUUGUUUACAAGGUAACGUUUUCAAAGCUACAUGGAUGUCACUGCACACUCUUUAAGCUUCUGUAUUCAGGAAUUGAUGUUAUAAUGGCCAAGGGAUGUGUUUCCAUGUCUGUGUCAUGGCAACAGUUCAAAACUCAGUGGGCCUUGAAUGUUAAGGCAUUUGUCUAAAAGGGUAUUUUGUAUCAGUGUGUUGGCAUUAUAUGAUGGAAAAAUAAGCUAUAUCUGAA